AUGAGUAUAGCUUCCAUGUCUUUAAAGUCUAAAUACUAUCAAAAUGGUUUCGACUUGAACUUGACUACAGCCAUGAAUUCAAUUAACGGAUUGGAUACUCAGAUGGAAAAUUUAGCAGUUGAAAACAGAAGAAGAACAGAAUGUUGCGCUUAUUGUAACGUAUCGAAUCCAAACUCGAUCGUGAAGUGCUUACAUUGUAACAAAUGGUUUUGUAACACCAGGGGAAAGUCUGGAGCCUCUCAUAUUGUUAUCCAUUUAGUGCGUGCUCGGCAUAAGCAAGUAUCGCUACACAGCGAGUCUCCUCUGUCGGAUACGACUUUAGAAUGCUACAACUGUGGCACUCGAAACGUGUUUUUGCUCGGUUUCAUUCCGGCAAAAGCGAAAACGGUAGUAGUACUACUCUGUCGACAGCCUUGCGCCAAGUCUAGCCUUGCCAAGGAUAUGAACUGGGAUUUGUCUCAAUGGCAACCUAUUAUCUCAGAUCGCCAAUUCUUACCAUGGUUGAUUACGCCUCCUUCUGAAGAAGAGCAAAAACUCGCGUCUCCUAUUACGUCUCAACAAAUUAUUCGUUUAGAGGAACUUUGGCGUAAAGACUCUCAUGCAACUUUGGAAGAUCUUGAUAAACCCAUCGAGGAUGAUUCCCUCCCUUCUGUUGAACUUCGUUAUAAAGAUGCCCAUGAAUACCAAGCCAUUCUCUCUCCCCUGAUUCAGGCAGAAGCAGAAUAUGAUAAAAGACUCAAGGAAUCGCAAACUCAAAAAGAUGUUGCUGUUCGAUGGGAUCAAGCUAUCAAUAGAAGGUAUACUACUUGGUUUUUGUUACCCAAACUUGAGUCCGGUGAGAUUCGACUCGCCAUCGGUGAUGAAAUGAAGCUUACCUAUGAAGGUGAGCUGAGACCACGUUGGAGUUCGACUGGAUAUGUUAUAAAAAUUCCAAACAACGUUUCUGACGAAGUUGGUUUAGAGUUGAAGCGCUCUGAUAAUGUCCCUAUCGAAUGCUUACACAAUUUUUCCGUCGAUUAUGUAUGGAAGUCAACCUCUUUUGACCGAAUGCAAGUUGCUCUGAAACUUUUUGCUAACGAUGGAUCUCGUUUAUCUUCUUACCUUUAUCAUAAAUUCCUUGGACAUGAUAUUUUUCCUUCAUCCUUCAAACCAAAGUUUCCCUCGGACUAUUCGGUACCUAACCUCCCCAAACUCAAUGCUAGUCAACGUGAAGCUGUUCGAUCUGUUCUGAGUAAACCUCUUUCUUUAAUUCAAGGCCCUCCGGGUACAGGUAAAACUGUAACCUCCGCUUCAAUUGUUUACCAUUUGGCUACUAUUCAAAACAGAAAAAGAAAAUCUCCUUUACCUGUUUUGGUGUGUGCUCCCUCCAACGUUGCUGUUGAUCAGCUUGCAGAAAAGAUAAACCGCACUGGUUUACGCGUGAUUCGUGUUGCUGCUAAAUCUAGGGAAGACAUUGAAUCUUCGGUUUCAUUCCUUUCUUUACACGAACAAAUAAAAAAUUACCAAGGAAAUCCUGAGCUUCAACGUCUCUUCAAGUUGCGCGCUGAGAAUAACGAGCUUUCCUUACAGGACGAAAAGCGGCUUCGAAUUUUGAUAGCAGCUGCUGAGCGCGAACUGCUUCGAGCGGCUCAUGUUAUUUGCUGUACAUGCGUUGGUGCUGGUGACAAGAGAGUAGCAAAAUAUAGGUUUCGUUCCGUAUUGAUUGACGAAGCCACUCAAGCAUCUGAAGCGGAAUGUAUGAUUCCUUUGGUUCUAGGUGCUAAACAAGUGGUUUUGGUGGGAGACCAUCAACAAUUGGGGCCGGUCGUUAUGAAUAAGAAGGUAGCUCAAGCACGGCUUUCGCAAUCAUUAUUUGAGCGGAUGAUUAUCCUAGGAAACUCACCAUUUAGGUUGGUUGUACAAUAUCGUAUGCAUCCUUGCCUGUCUAAGUUUCCUUCGAACACUUUCUAUGAGGGUACUUUGCAAAACGGUGUUACGACGUCCGAACGUAUUGCUCGACACGUUGACUUUCCAUGGAUCCAACCUGACGAACCUUUGAUGUUCUAUGCUAAUUUUGGCCAAGAAGAACUGUCAGCAAGUGGUACAUCAUACUUGAAUCGUACAGAAGCAUCUACUUGUGAAAAAAUUGUUACUCGCUUCUUAAAAUGCAAUGUUCUACCUGAGCAAAUUGGUAUCAUUACUCCGUAUGAUGGUCAACGGUCUUACAUUGUGCAAUAUAUGCAGAACAAUGGCUCCAUGCAGAAGGAUCUGUAUAAGUAUGUUGAAGUGGCUUCCGUGGAUGCUUUCCAAGGACGCGAAAAAGAUUUUAUUAUAUUAUCAUGUGUUCGUUCAAGCGAGCAUCAAGGUAUUGGAUUUUUGAAUGAUCCAAGAAGAUUGAAUGUUGCGUUGACUCGGGCCAAAUAUGGUGUUAUUGUUUUAGGUAAUCCUAAGGUAUUAGCCAAGCAUGCCUUAUGGUACCACUUCGUUUCACAUUGUAAGGAGGAAGGGUGCCUGGUUGAGGGAACCCUGAAUAGCCUUCAAAAGUUUUCGAUGAUCUUGAUCCCACCCCAAAAACCGCAAAAUUUUAAGAGAGAUCUUAAUGUCCUGCGAUCACUAUCUCCAAUUCAGGGAGCCCAUAAUUCCUUGUUCCCUAAUCUUUCGAACCUACAGAGCUUGUAUUCACCUUCAUACCUUGAGGAGUGGAACACAUUUUCUCAAUAUCGGCGCAGAGAAAGUAAUGUUACAGAUUUUGAAGAUUUUCAAAGUCAAGUCGGUGAUAAUGAAAGCGAUAUUGGGGAUUUGACACGGUUCUAG